GGCGGCGGCCGAGGACGCAGACACCCUGGCCCGGGCCGCGCGGGCAGAUGGUGUCCUAUGUGGAUAACAGCUUCCGCCAGGCGGUGAUGAAGAACCCGGCCGAGAGAACCCCCCCAGUUGCUGACUGGAUAAUGACGCAUGCUCUUGUCAGUCAGUCUUCUGCAUCUGAAAAUGCACGUUCCAGGGCUUCCCUGGUGGUGCAGUGGUUGGGAAUCCGCCUACCAGUGCAGGGGACACUGGUUCGAUCCCUGGUCCGGGAAGAUCCCACAUGCCACAGAGCAACUAAGCCCGUGUGCCACAACUACUGAGCCUGAGCUCUAGAGCCCGUGAGCCACAACUACUGAGCCCACGUGCCACAACUACUGAAGCCCUCGCACCUAGAGCCUGUGCUCUGCAACGAGAAGCCACCACAGUGAGAAGCCCGCGCACCACAACGAAGAGUAGCCCCCGCUCGCCGCAACUAGAGGAAGCCUGCGCCCAGCAGCGAAGACCCAACGCAGCCAAAAAUAAAUAAUAAAUUAAAUAAAUAAAUAAAUAAAUAAAUAAAUAAAUAAAUAAAAGAAAAUGCAGGUUCCCAGUCACAGUGUGAUGGAAAAGCAAAUUUCAGUGAAAUGUUUCAAUGCCUUUCAGUGUUUGAAGUUCCUAGUGAAAUCACACAUGCUGAGAAUGUUAGAACCUAGCAAGGUGGGUCAGAAAUCAUGUCAAAGGCCUGUAGUGGAAAUUAGAGAGCGGGGAACUGGUGUCUUUGGUUGGUUGAUUAGAAUAAUAAUGACUCGAAUGGGGGGGGGUCACCAAACAAGACUUGAAGAGACAAAACCUCCACUGUGACGGCAUGUGGAUUGUGCCAAAGAAAUGAACUGUUAAACUUUCCUGUUUCCGUGCCAGUUGUGGAGAACAGAGUGAAAACCGACCAGCACAGAACUUGGCCUGAGUCAGAAGUGGGCCAGUUACUACUGACACGGCAACGUGAAAGCUUCCCUGACGGUCUGAAAGCAGCACAUUUCCUCCCACCACACCUUCACAGAGCAAGUCACCUUAGAGAAACCUACCAAACAUUUUGAAUAUUCAUUCUGAGCACCUCACUUGCAGGACUCUCUUCGUUGGUUUUACAACUUGAAUGUCCUGCCUGUAACGGGAUGGGGCUUGACGCAGUGAAUGUGCACGUUCAAGAUGGAGCAGAUGAACUCACUGGGGAAACACUGCGUGAAAGCAGAUUCCAUGUUUCUGAGAAGAUAAAAGGAAAGGACAUUCUUUACCCUUGGCAUGUGAAAGGCUUGCUGAACCAGUUAACUGGACUAUUUACAAUGGAUUGCCAAGAUAAAGAUUGCAGAUGCCACCUAUUAAGGCAGCGACAACCUUCACAUUUAAGGGCUUCCUCUCUCCCCUCGAGGCCCCCCGGGGAUCGCAGGAGCCAGGAGUUUGGGGCCGGUUUCCAUUCGCCUCUGGACCCACCUGGAGGGCAGAGGCAGGGCUUUGAGGAAGAUCAGCGGAGGCCACGGUCUGCGGCAACCUGGGCGUUCCCCGCGUUCCCGGGCGCGCGCUCUCUGUUCGCCCUCAUUCCCGAGGCUCGCUCCGGUAGCCGGCGCCUCCUGCUCAGUCCCGAGGAAGCCAUGGCCAAGUCCAGGGGUCGUCUGUACCUUGGGAUGUGCUUGGCUGCAGCGCUGGCAUCUUUCCUGGGUGGAUUUAUGGUGGGCUGGCUUAGUAAGCCUCUCAAAGAAACAGCCACUUCAGUGGACACUCACCAAAAUCUAAGGUGGAAACUGGUAUCUGAGAUGAAAGCUGAAAAUAUUAAAUCAUUUCUUCGUUCUUUUACAGAGCUACCUCAUCUGGCAGGAACAGAACAAAAUUUGCUGCUGGCCAAGAAAAUCCAAACCCAGUGGAAGAAAUCUGGACUGGAUUCAGCCAAGUUGGUUCAUUAUGAUGUUCUCCUGUCUUACCCUAAUGAGACAAAUGCCAACUACAUAUCAAUCACGGAUGAACAUGGAAAUGAGAUUUUCAAUACAUCAGACCAUGAGCCACCACCAGAUGGAUAUGAAAAUGUUAAAAAUAUUGUACCACCCUAUAAUGCCUUUUCACCGCAGGGCACACCAGAGGGGGAGCUUGUAUAUGUGAACUACGCUCGUACUGAAGACUUUUUCAAACUAGAAAGAGAGAUGAACAUCAACUGCACUGGAAAAAUUGUUAUUGCAAGAUAUGGGAAAAUCUUCAGAGGAAAUAAAGUUAAAAAUGCCAUGUUAGCAAGAGCCGAAGGAAUCAUCUUGUACUCAGAUCCAGCUGACUACUCUGCCCCUGGGGUACAGCCAUACCCAAAAGGAUGGAACCUUCCUGGAACUGCAGCCCAGAGAGGGAAUGUGUUAAACUUGAAUGGUGCUGGUGACCCGCUCACUCCAGGCUAUCCAGCUAAAGAGUACACCUUCAGACUUGAUGUUGAAGAAGGAGUGGGAAUCCCUCAAAUCCCUGUACAUCCCAUUGGAUAUAAUGAUGCAGAAAUAUUAUUACGCUAUUUGGGAGGAACUGCUCCACCAGAUGAGAGCUGGAAGGGAAGUCUUAAGGUGAAUUAUAAUAUCGGGCCUGGCUUCAUAGGGCAUGAUUCUUUCAGGAAGGUUAGAAUGCAUGUUCAUAACAUCAAUAAAAUCACAAGGAUUUACAAUGUAAUCGGAACUAUCAGAGGAUCUGUGGAACCUGACAGGUAUGUUAUUCUGGGAGGUCAUCGGGACUCCUGGGUAUUUGGAGGUAUUGACCCAACCAGUGGGGCUUCUGUUUUGCAAGAAGUUGUUCAGAGUUUUGGCAAACUGAUGAGUAGAGGCUGGAGACCAAGAAGAACUAUCAUUUUUGCCAGCUGGGAUGCAGAAGAAUUUGGACUUCUGGGUUCCACAGAAUGGGCUGAGGAGAAUGUAAAAUCACUUCAGGAGAGAAGCGUUGCUUAUAUCAACUCAGAUUCAUCUAUAGAAGGCAAUUAUACUCUCAGAGUUGACUGUACACCCCUUCUUUACCAAUUGGUGUAUAAACUGACAAAAGAGAUCUCCAGCCCGGAUGAUGGUUUUGAGAAUAAAUCUCUUUAUGAAAGCUGGUUAGAAAAGGACCCUUCAUCUGAAAAUAAAACUUUGCCUAGAAUCAACAAGCUGGGAUCUGGAAGUGAUUUUGAAGCUUAUUUUCAGAGACUUGGAAUUGCUUCAGGAAGAGUCCGGUACACUAAGAAUAGGAAAACAGAUAAUUACAGCAGCUAUCCAACAUACCAUACAAUUUACGAGACAUUUGAAUUGGUAGAGAAUUUUUAUGACCCCACGUUUAAAAAACAGCUUGCUGUAGCUCAAUUACGAGGAGCACUGGUUUAUGAGCUUGCAGACUCUAAAAUCAUUCCUUUCAACAUUCAAGACUAUGCAAAAACUUUGGAAAACUAUGCAACAGAUAUCUACAGUUUAUCCAAGAAAUAUGACCAACAAUUAAGAGACCAUCAAGUAUCAUUUGAUUCCUUAUUUUCUGCUGUGAAAAACUUCUCAAAGUCCGCUUCAGAUUUUCAUAGAAGACUUUCACAAGUUGGUCUGAAUAACCCCACUGCAGUGAGAAUUAUGAAUGACCAACUGAUGUUCCUGGAAAGAGCAUUCAUCGAUCCCCUUGGUUUACCAGGGAGGCCAUUCUAUAGGCACAUCAUCUUUGCUCCAAGCAGCCACAACAAAUAUGCUGGCCAAUCAUUUCCUGGCAUCUUUGAUGCUCUAUUUGAUAUUGAAAAUAAAGCAGAUCCUCGUUCAGCCUGGAAAGAAGUAAAGAAACACAUUUCAAUUGCAGCCUUUACAAUUCAAGCAGCAGCAGGGACUCUGAAAGAGGUGUUAGAGUAAGGUCUCAGCCAACUGGCUGCCAUUAAAAGUCUGAGGAUAAAAUCCGUCUUUCUUUCUGAUAACACAUGAAGCCAGAGCAUGCUAAAAUCUUGCUUUUCAUGUCAUGUUUUGACUUUAGACUUCCACCUUGUUCAUCUGCAAAGAGAUUUUUGGCUCUUUGAAAAUUCAUAACUUCAUCAUCAAAGUGCUAAUCCAAUAAAAGAAACCAAAAAACCUCUAGUCAUAUGGAGAAAGAGAUAAAGUAAGUGAAAAUUCCCUAAAAUAAAAUAUGGCAAGGAACUUGAACUGUUCAGACACUGGCGGCCGGAAAGUAAAACGGUACAACCACUUCGGAAAACGGUCUGGCCCUUUCUUAUAAAGUUAAAUAUAUAGUUAUAUUAUAGCUCUAAAAUUCUACUUCUAGGUAUUUACUAAGGAAAAGCAAAAAACGUGGUCACCAAAAGACUGUUGCAUGUUCAUCGCAGCUUAAUGUGCAAAUAAUGCAAAUGCCCAUCAAUAAAUGAAUGGAUAAAUUGUGGUAUUUUCACAAUGGAAUACUACUCAGCAAUAAAAACGAAAUAACUGCCAAUACAUGUAAUAUUAUUGGCAGACAUUGUUGAGGGAAAGAAGCCAGACACAAAAGAAUGUCUAAUAUGAGAUUCAAUUUAUAUGAAGAAGCAAAACUAAUCUAUGGUAUUAGGAAUUAGAUCAGUGAUUGCUCGGGUCAAGUAAAGGGCAGGCAGGGAGGAAAUCUGCUACAAAGAGGAAAGUUUCUGGGAUGAUGGGAGUUUUCUGUAUCAUGAUCUGGAUGAUAGUUACACAGGAAUAUACAGCUGUCAAACUUCAUCAAACAGUAAACUUAAAAUGUGUAACAAUGAUACCUUAUAAAUAAAUUUGAUUACCAAGAAAAAAAUGU